AUGGAGCGUGAAGCAUUGCACCCAAUAACGACCUGUUGUAAUUUGAGCCAGUCUCGCAGUCGUAGAGAAAGAGAAAAUUCAAUGAACGUAAGCCACAGCGGCUCUAACGGGAUGAACUCAACGGGGUCAUUGAGCACACUUUCGAGAGAAGAGCGCCGUCGGCGUAGGAGAGCUACUCAAAAAUAUCGAACUGCACACGCAACUCGGGAGCGAGUAAGGGUAGAAGCGUUCAACUUAGCAUUUGCUGAACUGAGAAAAUUGCUACCGACUUUGCCGCCCGAUAAAAAGCUGUCCAAGAUUGAGAUUCUUAGGCUGGCUAUUUGUUACAUCGCGUACCUAAAUCACGUACUAGAAGCGUAA